UAUGGAGCUGUGGAAGAAACUCUGGCUGGGGCCAAAACCCCUCUUCCAGAUAGCCCAGCUAAACCGCCAUCCAAAAAGGGAAAGGCAGAUGAUGAUAGCUCCUCUGUUGUCUCAACGCUCUCAAAUCUGAUUAACACUCGCUCUGACACCAUAGAAAAAAUGGUGAGUGAAAAUGCCCUAAAAAUCGAAGGAUUAAAAAAAACAGUGGACUUCGUAUGUGCUGAAUUAAACGACAUUAAAGGUAAAGUCAGUCAUGUUGCGACAAGAUUGAACGUUGAAGAGAAGAAGAUGGUAUUCUGUGAACAAUGUCUCACUGACUUGGAAAGAUACUCCCGUCGUUGGAAUCUAUGUUUACAUGGUGUAACUGAGAAGGAAAGAGAGGAUGUAAGAGCGGAAUCCAUCCGUAUCUGUGAAGCUACAUUCCCUGAGGGAGGAAGCAACCUAGCAGACAAAAUCGACACAGUUCAUCGUGUGGGAAAGAGGAUCCAGAAUAGUUCUCGACCGCGACCCGUCAUUAUUCAAUUUUCUUCGCGAGUGACAAGGGACGGAGUGUGGAGGGCAGCGAGGACGUCGGAGUUUCUUCGUGCCAAUCAACUGCGCUUCACUGAGGAUCUCAUCACGUCUGAUCGGGAAAGAAGACAGCUGCUUUGGCCUGCUGUAGAUAAGGCUCGAAAGGAG